GAAAUUUCUUGAACGAAGAAGCUAGAGUGUUGUCGGUGAUUGAACGUAUUCCGUAUUUAGAGGUUGUUAAACAAAGUACAUACAAAAGGGAAAAUUUUCAGUGAAUAAUGUUGAAUAUCCUUGAUUUUGUAAGAAAAAUGCUGCGUAUGUUACAACGAUGAAGGUGCACAUUGUCAUAUAUAUCUGUGCUUCAAAUGAUCUGUCACUACUACCCUAGUCAACAGAGUGGGUUUUACAAUAUUCUGUAGAAGCUGAGUAGCCAUCUUUGAAUCAUUGUAUAAAGUUUUCGUUACUUUUGAAUUCGAAAUCACUAUUUGAUAAUAUGAAUACAGUAAUAGAUCCACAGCCAAAUACAGAAAGUAACAUUUGAUCCUAUUGUAACGACUUACUCUAAACAUUCUGGUUAUUGGUAGUAUUUGAAUGCUGACGUAUAUACUGAACACACUUUUCGGCUUUUCUGGAAUUUUGCGGUAGAGACGAAGAAUUGAAAUGAAUGUGGAACACUUUUCAGGGAAGGGGAUUAAUUUCCUGGAGGAGAGUUGAUGUCUCUGUGGAAUUGUGGUCGCUGUUCAUUGUUCAGCCCCCAAAUGAUACGUAAAUGAAUAUGGAAUAGUAGUGAAAUGACAGUAGUGAUAAUGAUAUUGGAAAACUGAAGAACUUGGAGAGAAACGUGUCCCAGUGCAACUUUGUCCAUCACAGAUCCCACAUUGACUGCCCUAGGUGUGAACCUGGUCUUCCAUGAUUUUCUCCAAAUAUUGAGGUUGUGAAGUGCAGUGACAGUCCUUCAAAAUGGAGAGGCGAAAAGUGUGCCUCUUCUGUAACCGGGAUGAGAACAAUGAAUUGCUGUUUGGGAAGAUUUAUGAGCUAGAUGACAUAGUGACACAUUACUAUUGUCUUCUCUUGUCUUCAAACAUGGAGCAGAAUGGUGAAGAUGAUGAUGGCAUCUUGGGUUUUCUGAAAGAGGACAUUAUAAAGGAAUACAAGAGGGGGCGGCGCCUGAUUUGCUGGUACUGCAAGAGAUCUGGAGCAACGUUGGGCUGUUGUGUAGCCAAGUGUAAAAAGGUGUUCCACUUGCCCUGUGGACACCAGGAAGGAUCCUUGCAUCAGUUCUUCGGACAGUUCAAGUCGUACUGUGUUGUGCAUAGACCAGUCCAGAAGAUUGACCCUCAGGUAAUGAUGGAAGUCAAGACCAGAGAAGCUACUUGUACCAUAUGCUAUGAUAAUGUUCAACCCACGAACUGCCAUUCAACUUUGUGGGCUCCUUGCUGUCGCAUAAAUGCGUGGUUCCACAGAGACUGCAUACAGAAGCUAGCGAUGAGUGCUGGAUAUUUCUUUAAAUGUCCCCUGUGUAAUAACAAGACUACGUUUCAGAAGGCCAUGUUGGACUUUGGUAUUUAUAUUCCAGAGCAAGAUGCUUCUUGGGAAUUAGUGCCAAAUGCCUUCCAGGAACUUUUGCAUCGGCAUGAUUGUUGCGACGCCAGGCAGUGUCUCUGCCCAAAGGGACGUUUUCACUCAACGGUUGGAACUCGCUGGGAGCUCGUACUCUGUAGGUAUUGUGGUUCGCAGGGCAUUCAUGUCGGUUGUGGUUCGUUAAAGUGGUCAAACCCCGAGUGGCAGUGUGAGGAAUGUAAUACGAUGCUUAAGCAGGCACAGGAGCAGGGUGAUACAGAUGAGGAGGAUGAAGCUGACCCAACACCUAACAGAAUCACUGAAUCUCCUCCCCGGCGAAAACGGCGGUAUAAUGGCAAGUCUGGGGUGUCACAGAGGCCACAAUGUCAUAAUGAUAUAGUCUCUGCUCCAUCGUCAGAUGUUUCCACUUCAUCAUCCCAGAGUCCAGGAACACCCGAAAGUAAUUCGUUGGCAACUGCAGUCAUAGAGGUUAGUGAUGAUGAUGUUAUAGAAAUCUUUGAUGAUGAUGAUGAUGAUGAUGAUCUUCCAGUAAAAAGGACCUCACAAGAUAACCGUAACAUGAUUGUAUCCUCUGAUGGUGUAGCUAUACCCGUGAUCAAGGUAGAAAGCAUUCCAUCUGCUAAGGAGGGACAGAAUUUCUGUGUGGUGGGUGGUUUGAAUGUGAAGGUACCUGGUGCGGUAAAAAAUACAAUGCGAAAUAGAGCUCAGCAUCCUUCAGUGUCACAAGUAAUUACUUUAAAUACAAGAGGGGAAGCAUCUAGAUCUGCCAGCAUUUUGGGAGCCAACUCCUCUGGUUUGUCAGUUGAAGGCAGCAAGCCCUUGAAUUCUACCUCAGCUGUCAAUAACAGCAAUCAGUCAUCUGGUUCUGCUCCGACCACUAGAGGAAUCUGUCUGUUGAAGUCUUACCUAAUGUCUGAGGGCGUGCAGAGAGGGUAUCCACACACUGACAAAGUUUCAGCUGUAAUGCAGCAGGCCAAUAGCCAGCCUCUGGCCAGAACCACUUCAGUACUUGGUGAAAGAAAGUGCGAUCAAAACCCAGACGGCUUCUCCGGUAUACAGCACAGUGGAACCAGAACAUCGCCCUAUAAUGCAGCAGUUGCAUCCUCAAGCCGGACUUGUGAUCGACCUUACAGAGUCAGAUAUGACCGACACCAGAACAGGAACAGUGUUGCAACUGACUUACGGGCGCAGCGAGAGUCCCGACAUAGUGUUCCUCGAGUAAUUCGUAGUGACUUUGUACAUAACGACUUCCAGUUCAGAGUUUCGGGUCCCAACACAUUACAGGUGGUGUUCUUCAAUCGUUAUGUUGUAAGUUUUGAUCUUCAGCUUCCCAGGAUGUCAAGGCCACCUCGAAAAACUCGGAAUCGAUCUGCGUCAUCUCUGCAGAAUGGAGCCACAGCCAUUUCUAACAAUAACGAUUACUCGCGAGAUUCUCGUUGAGAAAUUCAGCGCAGUCAACAAGUUGUUAACAACUUGAGAAAUGGUGAACGGAUUUCUUCAGAUGUUGAAAUCGGGGAGUUUUACUGAAAGUUAUCAACGCCGACUUUUUUUAAAACUCAAACAACACUUACAUGAAGACUCCACAUGAUGUCAGCUGCCAUGCCCCAGACACCCUACUUACGCAGUGGUGGAAUGUAACAUUCCUGACAUCACUGGCAGUAUUGACGGAUGUCACGGGUCAUAUUUUGGCAGAACAGAGAGCUUCCUGCUUAUGGCACGUAUUGGUAGGUAGUAGUUAGAACUAUUCCUCGUAUGAUUGCUAUGAAAAUGUCACUUCUUGUUAGUGAAGUUUCAUUAAAUUUAAUGAAGUGCAGUCUUAAAGUAAGUUUAAGAGGCGGGUAUGAAUCUUGAACUGAAGCACUGAAUCUCCUAUAUGUGUAAUACAGUUGUACCACAAGUAAACAUUUCAUACAUAUUCACCAUGAAAACUGAUGUACUUAGCAUACGGUGAUGUUUUUCAUGUCUUUGGAAGGCAGUAAUUGUUCAAACUGUAAUUUCACUGCAGUUUUCCCAUCUUUAAAGACUGCGGCCUCAGAUUUUGCCCGUGCUAAUAACAGACGACACCAAGGGAAGGACACAAGAGUACGACUGAUAUAGCUUGGGUAGUCAGAAUAAAUUCUUUACAAGUUGCCGUACAAUGAUGUAUAACGCACAUCAUCUAUUCAGUGAAUCACUUCAAGAAAAGGGCAGUCCUGCAUGCUUGCUUUCCAUUGCCCAUCCGUAUUAUUUUAUAAGACUGCAUACAAGAUUACAUCUUGGGAAUUGUGUGAUUUGGCUUUAAUGUGUGAAAUAAUACACGCGUACAGUUCCAUUUGUAAUUUUAAACAUUCUGUCUGGGAGAGAAACUGUUCAUGCAUUUAGUAGUCAUAGCUUAUUUUGAGUUGAUGUUCAUUUUAUGAUUGUGAACCCUUCAGUAGUGCCAGCCUCCAAACAUGAUAACAGAUGUCAGUUUUGUCAUGUCUUCAUCUGUGUGUGGUACAGAGCAGUGAUGUGGGGAUUAAAUCUGCUGUGUCCACGGUAGGACACCAUUUAAAUGGCUUCCUUUACUGGAGGGUUAAUGUUUUGUUCCUGAAGUAAAGUUUAUUUACAUGUUGAGGGGAACUUGCAGCCCUUCUGAACCUGCACUGACAAGGAAAUUUGCUGUUUCGAGGCAUUAAUAAUUAUCUAUUUUACUCUCUGCAGUAAGUUAUUUUAGAAGAAACUUGGUUGUGAAUUGAACUUCCGGAUUUUAUCUGCUUCCUCGAAAAGGGCGUGUUGUUACAAACAGACCUGAUAUUAAAAUGUCAAUAUUUUAUAAAAGAACAUGUGGCACUACACGUCAUUGCACUUGCUUCUAACUUUCUGUUGGUGUCAGCUUUUUGUGUUUAUUUCUUGUAACUUCACAAUAUAAAUAAUGUCGUGGUACCUCACGAAAUGCAGUGUGAUGAACAAGGCCUGUUGCAAUGGCUGUGCAGUUUUUCUGACAUUUACCAGCGAUAACAGUUCACUUAUGAAGUGCAGUCAUUUGAAUGGCUUUAUGAGUUAUUAGUUUGAAUGAAACUCGUGAAUGACAGUCAGAAGGAAACUUUUUGAGGAACCCAGAAAGCAGUACCUUUAAUGUUCCGUUAUGUCGUGUCUGUAUUUUACAAAUGACGAUUUAAGUAGAUUGAAAACUCAUUUCAUUUGUCAUUACUUAUUGUGUAGCGAGAACUAAAUAAAUUAUUUUGUACAAGGCAAUGGCA